CCAAAGAUUAGAAAGCACACACAGGUUUCAGUGUGUGGAAAGGGCCCCCUUCAGGCAUCCUCAUAAAGUGCUUCACAUCUUAGUAGGAAUUUAGCUUUGAAUAAACAUUGUUAGCCUGCAAGCUUGUUUUUCAAAAUGUUGCUCUUUUAAAUAUAUAAUCUGUAACCCCAAGUUCAAAAGCUAUAAAAAGGCAUAAAUCUCUCUUACUCAUCUUUGUUUCAUGUCCACUGCCUGCUCUAAAGGUGUCCACUGCUGACUAGAUUUUUUACUUUAAAGAUAUCAGUAGUUGCAUGUACACACAUUUUAAGGCACAUGUUAAAGCCAUGUGUUAAACAUGCAGGCAGAGCUAGUGAGAUAGCUCCAUAGAAGGCCUGAAGACUGUACUUUGAUCCCUGGAACCCACAAGGUGGCAGGGGAGAAUGGACUCCAGAGAGAAGUGCUCUGAAUGACACCCAUACAAAACAAAGAAAUGAAUAAAAAAUAUCUCAAACUUUAAAAUGGCAUUUCUGUAAUUUUUACAAUGACAUAAUUGAAAUUGGGUAUGCUUGGUGAAUUUAGAGUAUUCUUUUUUUUUUAAAGAUUUUUUUAUUUAUUAUGGACACAGUGUUCUGCCUGCAUGAGUCCCUGCAGGCCAGAAGAGGGCGCCAGAUCUCAUUACAGGUGGUUGUGAGCCACCAUGUGGUUGUAGGGAAUUGAACUCAGGACCUCUAGAAGAGCAAUCAGUGCUCUUAACCGCUGAACCAUCUCUCCAACCAAUAGAGUAUUCUUAACAGCUUAUUCCCUUGACUUGUUUGUGUUUAUUGCUGUGAAAACUGUUUUAAAGUAUAUCAGUUUAUGGGUUGAUUUUUCUGGUGGUGCUUUGAACUGAGAAAAGUCUUCCCCAGGUGCAAGUAUGAAAGGAAUCCACCCCACUGCUGUGUGUGUGUGUGUGUGUGUGUGUGUGUGUGUGUGUGUGUGUGUGUGUGUGUGUGUGUGUCUGUCUGUCUCAAUCUGAUCCAUCUGAAAUUCUACAAUAAGGUUAAGGACUAUGCAGGUCCUUAGGAAUUAUAAAUAAUGUGUCAUUUUUUUUCGUAAAAAAUUAUUUUCUAGACUUGCUGUUUUUCUUUUUUUUCAAGGGAAGGGCAUUGACAAUUUUUCACUCCUUGGUGCUUUUCUGUAGAAAACUUGGAAAAACUUGGGAAGAAAUAAAAAAGAUCCACAGACCUAGCAUCAUAUGACAUACAACAAAAGUGCGAUCACACUCCUGUACAUUAACUUGUUCUCUUGAGAUUAAGGACAUAGACUGAAACUGUUGAGUGGUUGCGAAGAAGCAUAUUAAACAUUUUGCUUUUAGACUAUUCCCAUACCUUUAAAAUAGCAAGUGACCUGAGUGUUAGGUUUAUUUUUAAUUUGAAAAAUAUAGUGUUUGUGCACAGACAUGCGUGCAUAUGAUGUGUGGGGAGGUCAGAGGUACAGUUGGUUCUUACCUUUCCACCAUUAUGUGUGUUCUGGGCAUUAAACUCUGGUAAUCAGGCUGCAUCUUCGAGGGGUAAACGUCUUUACCUGCUAAACCAUCUUAACCCCUAUUUAUUGAGAGAGACUCUCCGCUUAGGUUGGCCUUGAAUUUUCUUUAGGUGAGACUGACCUUGAACACUUGAUUUUCCUUCCACCUCUGCCUCCCAAGUGCUGGGAGUCUGCUCAUGCCCAACUCUAGCAGGCUAAACUCACCUUGCAGUUAGUUCUAAACAGUUUCUUGCAAAGCCCAGCGCGACCUGUCUGGUCCAAGCUGUGACGCUCAGCGGUGUGGGCCGCGCAGCGCCCCCUGGUGGUGGGCGGCGGCGGGGGAGGCAGGAGUCCCGAGCCUGUGGUGGAGGCUGGCGCCGGCCUGUCCCCAAAUCCUUCAUCAUGCGUGCCUGGGUCGUGCGGGCUGGCGGGUUUUGAGCUGGCCCUGUGUACUCCGAGCUAGUUGAAUCGCCCCAUUUGCAAGACAGCUGGCCACUGGCCACGCGUGCCUGUAUGUCUGGUUGCUUCCUUUGCCGGACAGCUGGCCCUAGUUGCGCGUGCUCGUGGGCCAGGUCUCUCUUUUUGCAGGGCAUCUGACCCCUGGUCGCGCAUGCCUGUGGGUCUGGCCUCUUUUGCAGGACACUGGCCCCUGGCCACCCCGGGGACGGCCCAGAGUUUGAACUUCCGGGGCUGGCUCUCAGUCUGCUGCUUGUCACCCGCCAGGGCGUCGCCGUGCCCAUGCAUGGGCGAGGCUCUUUAAACUUCACUGUUUUUUAAACUUCGGGGGUGUGGCCGCCCUUGCAUUCUUCUUCCCGUGGCCGGCCAUCCCCGGACCCGCUGGGCCCUUCUCUUGCCCUGCCUUCCAGAUGCUUUGGAGUCAUGAGCCGGGAGGGCGCGGGGACCCCUCGGGUGGCCGAGGUGAUCCGAGAUCGCCUUUGUUUUGCCAUUCUCUACAGCAGACCAAAGAGUGCGUCAAACGAACAUUAUUUCAGCAUAGAUAAUGAACUUGAGUAUGAGAACUUCUAUGCCGAUUUUGGACCACUCAAUCUGGCAAUGGUUUACAGAUAUUGUUGCAAGAUAAAUAAGAAGCUCAAGUCCAUUACAAUGCUGAGGAAGAAAAUUAUACAUUUUACCGGCACUGAUCAGAGAAAACAAGCAAAUGCCGCCUUCCUUGUUGGGUGUUACAUGGUUAUAUAUUUGGGAAGGACUCCAGAAGACGCAUAUAGAACAUUAAUCUUUGGAGAUACAGCCUAUAUCCCUUUCAGAGACGCUGCCUACGGAAGCUGCAGUUUCUAUAUUACACUCCUCGACUGUUUUCAUGCAGUAAAGAAGGCAAUGCAGUUCGGCUUCUUUAAUUUCAACGCAUUUAACCUCGUUGAAUAUGAACACUAUGAGAAAGCAGAAAAUGGAGAUUUCAACUGGAUAAUACCAGAGCGGUUUCUUGCCUUCUGUGGACCUCAUUCAAGAUCCAGGCUUGAAAGUGGUUACCACCAACAUUCUCCUGAGACUUACAUUCCAUACUUUAAGAAUCACAAUGUAACUACCAUUAUUCGUCUGAAUAAAAGGAUGUAUGAUGCUAAGCGCUUUACGGAUGCUGGUUUCGAUCACCAUGAUCUUUUCUUUCCGGAUGGCAGCACCCCUGCUGAGGCAAUUGUCCAAGAAUUCCUGGAAAUUUGUGAAAAUGUUGAGGGUGCCAUUGCAGUGCAUUGCAAAGCUGGCCUUGGUCGAACAGGUACUCUGAUAGGCUGCUAUCUCAUGAAGCAUUAUAGGAUGACGGCAGCUGAGAGCAUUGCCUGGCUUAGAAUCUGCAGACCCGGUUCAGUGAUUGGGCCCCAGCAGCAGUUUCUGGUCAUGAAACAGUCAAGCCUCUGGCUGGAAGGCGAAUAUUUCCGUCAAAAGUUGAGAGGGCAGGAGAAUGGACCCCUCAGAGCAGCCUUCUCCCAGCAACUCUCAGAUGUUGAUGACAUUUCAAUAGAUGGGCUUGAGAAUCAAGACAAGCAAGAGCCUGAUCCGUAUAGUGAUGACGAUGAAAUCAGUGGAGUGACACAAGGAGAUAGACUUCGGGCCUUGAAAAGUCGGAGACAGUCAAAAGCCAACACUAUCCCCCUCACAUGCCCCCUAGCUGUGCUGGCCUCUGCACUGUGUAGUGUUGCCAUCUGGUGGAUUGUGUGUGACUACAUUCUCCCCACCCUGCUGUUCUGUCUUGAUGGCUUCAGAGCACAGUAGCCAUCCGGACCCUUUGACAGAUAGUUUGCUGUUCCAGCUGUUUCAAGGACUAAGAGUGUCUUGCGUUAAAGUAAAAACCCGGUGACCAGCACUCCAGGGAACAGAAAACCCCAACAGGAUUUAGCCAAUCAUCCAAGAACAAAACAGACACUGCAAAAGCCUUAGUUUCUUUCCACAUGAGAAGUUCAUUCAAUGAAGAAAACGUCACUGGCCUCUCAGCCACUCACUGACUUUGUGGCUGAGCCAUUGGAGGGCCGGACUCUCCCUUCUGUAAUCUCAAGUUGGAUGAAAGCUGCUGUUAAAAGUUUAGUCUCAGGUGUCAAUACCCAACCCUCUGCCACCAGAGAGCUGUCUGGUGAGUGUGGUAUAUGUGUGUUCUUGUGAUGGCAAUCGUGUUCGCUGCUGGCCUUCAGGAGAGUGGAGGGUGUGCUGGAGGUCUCUUGGUGUAUUUAUGUUUUGUUCAGCCUGUGACCCCAUCCUGCAGUUUAUAAACGUGAAAGGAGAUGAGCAUCUCUCCAGUGGUACCCUCCGUCUUAAGAUAUGAUUUGGUACAAUCAGUUUCACUUUACUCUUGUUAAUACCGUUGUGAUGUUCACUGUGUGAAUUACCCAAGCUGCUUGUCUUUCACCAAAGAGUGCUUUAAUAACAAUCUGUGAAAACUGCAUUUAAACACUGUUGUGUGUUGUUGUGGUUACUAAAACCUGCUAAAGAAUGUUGAUAGAAUAUUACAUAAGUCCUUCCUGUGUCAUUUAGGAUGAAGAUUUCAGGACUGAGACAUUGGGUUGCUCAGUCACACAGAGAAUUGUGUUUCCUCCAGUACAUUAAAACCAAACAGUAGUGCUGCUUGUCUGUGGGAAAGCACCCUGAAUAAUGGUGGCUUUAAAAACAAAAUUGCCAACCCUUUGUAGAGUCUUUCUCUGUAAUGCUGUGGAGUUUUUUUUUCUUGUGAUUCACAGUUUGAUUUUAGCGACAAUUGCUUGCUUCUGGAGUUAGGCUGUUUGUGUAAGAGAACUCACUGUUGCCUUUGGUUAGGGAAUAGGACUAGAAACUGUAGUGUGCCUUCUCUCUUCACCCCUGCUGGAAGCCAGCUCUACCUGUGCCAUGAAGCAAUCGCAGAGCCAGACUUUAUCUGCUGCCAAAAAGAAGACAGAGCUAAUAAUUAGAGAAUACUUUAUGGUUGUCUUAGUUACUUCCACAAUAGAAGAUAGUGGAUUUUACUCUUCCCAGUUUGAAGACUGGAAAAAUGCAAUAUUGAAAGCCAUUGAGAGCCAAUGCCUUCCUAAGACAGAUGAAUGUGUCAGGCGAGCAGGUAUUCCCACUUGAAAAGCUGCCUGCCUUGUAGUUGUAAUGAACAGGUUAAAGUCUGGUAAAUGUUUAAAAAAAAAAAAAGAAAGACAGUGGGUCCCCAUUUCAGUGUUUCUCUCCUCAAACUGUGGCAUUGGCUGACAUUGGGUUGGGGGCCUGGGAAUGUCAAUGUAGAAUCCACACAAAGAGUUCCUCCCCAGUUAAACACUGGAGAAAGGCAGCUAAGACCUAGGUAGGAGGACAAACAUUUCAUUUACUGAUAAUGCUCAAUCAGACUGUACCUGAGUCUAAAGUAGCAACUUCUUAGGAUAGUUCUUCUUCCAUCUGAACCAAGCUGGAUUUGUCCUGUGUAUCAGGAUGAGUGAACGGGGCCUGCCCACUGUGGCUCAUAGUGAUUGAGUUUGGGAAUAAACCACUUGGGCUUCAGUGAUAACCAUAGUGCUUUUUAGAAAUCGCCCCUUUGUGUUGGCGACUCCAUUCAGCUAGAAUUGCUACUACUGUGGCUCUUGCUAAAAUUCCCUCUCUUGCUGAAGUUACUUAGGAAACGCAAGUUGGUGAGGAUGCAUUCCUAGGAAAACCUACUCCAGAUGCUGAGGUGAUAACUCUGGGGAUGGACAGUCACCAGCACUGACUGGUGACAUCUAGGACCCAGGAAGUCUGGGUCUGACUAAUGGAAAAUCCUUCCUGCUGUGAAUUAGUGCACAACUCCUCCCCAACUACAACUACCCAGAACCUGCUGGGUUAGAAGACCCUGCUGCUAUAGGGCAUGAAUCAGUGAGUGUUGAUUGCAGGGGCCCCUUUAAUUUAAGAACUUUAAAUAGCUUUGAAAGUGCAUCAAAACCUCUUAUAGCAGAAUUAAAAUUAGAAAGUACAUGUAUAGGUGCCCUUGAAGCUUUUGGGGGACUGAGACCACCCAGAGUUCAAGAGAGGAAUGUCUGCAGAGCUGGAUUUUAGGACUUAGAGAUUAAUACACUUCUGAGGCCCUACUAGAACUCUGUUGCCAUGAGGCAAGAAGGAUGGGCCCUGAGCAGCGCCACAUUCAAUGGUGGCAGUAUUUGUCUAACAUGGCCACGUGCUGCUCUUCCUCAGAACUUCCCAGCUGUAACUUGACCCCCAAGACCUAGCCCUAUCCAUUGUCCCAUCCCAUGCCCUAUCACCUCACCCCACAGGUGGCUUCUACCUCUUGGCUUGGGCCCCCGACAGGUCAUAGAGGCUUUCCCAAGUGUUCUCAUGAGGCUCUUGGAGUAUUUUUAGGUCUAACAGACCUUUCCAGCUUUCUGGGUAACUUGUGCCUGGAAUUCCUUAGGCCUCUGUUAGCUUGAAUCGCUGUCUAUGACAAGUAUUUGUUCAUUUGGUGUGUGUCCUAGAAGCAACAGCUGCUUUUCUUCAUAUAUUUUCUAAAAGUUCUUGCCACAUUUUAGAAAGCAGUUGGCCAGAAACCUUAAAACCUAUUUUCUUUAAGAUUUUUCUUCCACUGAAAAUGUCUUGCAUCUCUCUUUAAAUCUGAGUGUUCCUCAUAUCAUUGAAUGGAAAUACUACAGGUGUGUUAAAAAGACUUGCCUAUACUGUAUAAGAAAUUACCUCCUUAACGAUCCAGUAGAACUCACUGUGGAUAAGACAUGUCCAUCAGAUUAGAGUACUGCAGUUUUACAUCCAUUGUUUGAAGACUUUAUUGUACACUCAUGUACAGAUGAUUAAGUGAAGUUUUAAGGUGUAACUGAUGAAUCAGUAUUUGAUCAAUCAUUGUCUUGAUAUUUUAUUAAAUUGUAUAUUUCUAAUCAUUUUUAAAGCUGAGAGAACUGGUUGGAUGUUUAUUCUCCUGAAGGUAUUUUUAAGAUAAAGCUUCACCCUAGCCUGUAAACUUGGCACAUACAUGUAGUUUUUGAUACUUAUUGUUGCAUUUGAAAAUCUUGUGUAUUGUCAAAUGGUUUUAUACAAAAUACUAAAUGGUAGAAAUUGUAUAAUUUACAAUCAUAAUUAAAAAUAUUAAACAGUU